UUUUAAAUUUUAUAUAUAAUUUACGUCAUUUAUCAUUUUUUUAUGAAAAUAUAAUUAAAAGAAUAAAAAAUAAAAAGAAUGUCUCUAUUAUAUCAAUGCAUUAUUUGUCAGCAUGAACAUAAUACUAUUAUUGAUUUACAUAAUCAUCAUAUUCAACAUCAUAAUCUAGAAGAAUUAUCGCAUACUAUCAUUAGUCUUCAGGGCUAUAAAGAUUGGAAAAAUAUAAAAUUCAAAAAAAAAUAUUUAAAAUCUAUAAAUUUAGGAGAUAAUAAUAAUAAUGAAAAUAUAUGUAAUCAUCUUUUUAUUAAACCUAAACCACAAAAUAGAAAUAUAUAUAAAGAAAAACAAAAAACAAAUUCAGCAAAAAAAUUUAGUCAUGACAAUAUAACUUGUUCAAUAAAUUGUAGUCAAUUUAUUCCUUGGGAGCGUGAAUUAAAUAAAAGAAAAGAGAUAAAUGAUGAAGAAUUUAUUAAUAUUAUUGAAAGUCUUUGUUAUGAUUUAAGUAAAAGGAAACGUAGAGGAAGGAAGAAAAGAGAUAAAACCGCUAUAGAAAAAAUAAAUUCAAAAGAUUUAAUGCAACAUGUGGAAACUAUUAUAGAAAUGGAGAAUAAAUCUAUAGAUAUUAAAUCUGGUCAAACAGCAACAACAUCAUUUUGGAAUACCAAAAAUUCAGUCACUAAUACUACUAUUAAUAAUGAAUUUCUUACAUCACAAAUUAAAAAUAAAAUAGAGGACAUUAGAAAUAAUGAGAUUACAACAUUGGAAUUAGUUAAUAUUAACAAAGAUAAAAAUGUUUCAAAGCACUAUUCAUCAUGUAAUAAUAUUUCUUGGAAUUCUAUUAUUUCUAUGAAUGUUAAUGAACAAGAAAUACUUGUUGAAGAAACUAAUGUAUAUCCUGAUUCAGUGGAAAUUGACAUUAAAAAUUUUCUUUAAAAAAAAAAAA